AUGAGCAACCAUCAGAACAUAGGUGUAAAGGAAAAUUUGUUCUUCUACCUAAACAGAGAUGAUGUGAAUGAAUUAAUCGAAAGCAUAGAAGAAGAUGAUGAUAAAAUUGUAGAAUGUAACGAAAACAAUGGCUUGUGUGAGUAUGAGUUACCAUUCCUUUUACAAAACAUUGAAAAUAAUAAAGAAGAUUCAGAAAAGAAUUCGUCAAUUAGUAGUUACCUCGAUGAUGGUGCAUCAACCAUUCUUUCAAAGCAAGAUGAAGAAAACGUUACUGAAGAAAAUAUGAUAAAAAAAAAAAAAAAAAAAAAAACUAACAGAAGUAAAGGUAAAAAUGAAAGCACAUCCAAGGAAAAAAUAAACAUAAUAUUUAUUCAAAAUGAUAGUAGUGGACUUAACAACUUUGAAGAAAUUCUCUCUAUGGCAAAUGUGAACAGUGAAAAGGUAGAAAAGAAACUAAAUGAAAAAUUUUAUCAAAUAUGUUGUAAAAGUAUUGCAGAUAUAAAUACAUACAAUUUGAAUAAAGUAAAAAAUGUGAAUGAUAAUCAAAAACAAGGUUCAUUGGAUAUUGAACAUAUAGAUUAUGGUGAUAUUUUUCUCACAAUACAAGAUUCUUUAAAAAGCAGAGGAAAUAAAAACAAUAAUAACCUUCUUCAAGAUAAUACAUCUGAAUCAUUUGGAUUAAGGCAUGAAAAAUUGAAGAAUUUUCGAAAUAUUGAAGAGCAUCCAAAAGUGUUAUUGGGGAAGAGGAAAAUUAAAAAUACGUAUAAUUACCACUUUAAUGGUGGCAACUUUUUCAAGUCAUACAGAAAAAAAGAUAAAUCUGAACGCAGCAGUGUGGGCUGUCAUAUCAUAGAAAAGGGUGGUUGCUACACACGUAAGAAAAAAAAAAUGAAUCCAUAUUUGCAUCCUUUAUCAACCUAUAAUAGGUAUGGAUAUAUACCCCAUGUAUAUGAUUCUCAUGUUAUUGGAUAUGACGAACGUGCAUUGCAGAACAGUAAGUUUCUAAAAAAAAUUUACAUAAAAAGAAAUAAAAAAAGAUCAAGCGAUAUGCAUUCUUUGGAUUCUUAUGAGGAAAAGGAGGGUUAUCAUAUUUUAAGAGAAAAAAACGCAUCUAAUAAUGUCAUUAUUCAUUCAGAGAAAAAUCAAAGUAGUGUGCAUGGUAUAUCCCCAGAGGGAUAUGCUAGUAGAAAUGUUCAAUCUAUGCAAGAAGGAACAAAUUUAUGUGAGAAGUCAAUGUGUAUUGAAGUAGGGGGAGAAAAACACUACCAGAAGAGAAAGGGCAGCACUGAGAUGGAACGACGUGGACAUUUCAUCGAUUCAGGCGAAGCGAUUAACAGAAUAGACGAAGGAGGGGAAAUGGAGAGGAAUGAUCUUGAGGAAAAUUUUAUUUUUGAUUCCAUGGAAAAUAUCCAUCCUCCAUAUUCAGCAGAAAGGGAUGAAAUUUCUCCUAAUAAUGCAUGUUCUGACAAGGAGAGUUAUGUCUGUGACGUGGAGGCAGCAAAUUUUUUUUGCGAAGGGGAUAACAGGAAUCACAUUUACUUUAAGGAAGAAACAAAUGAUCAAAUGGGUUCUGAUAAGCUGGAUGGUACUGUUGCAGAUGGGAGAGGUUACAACCACAACAAUGAUGAUACUGAUGGUAAUGAUGAUGCUGAUAGUAAUGAUGUUGCAGAUGGGAGAGGUCAUAACCACAACAAUGAUGAUGCAUGCUGGGAGGAUAAAACAAAAGAGAUAUAUCAGAAGGAUUUUAAAUUAGGUGAAGGUAAAAGCAAUUCUUUGAGUAAUGAGGAAACAGCCAUGAUAAAAGAAGAGGAACCACCGAAAAUCAUACGUAACAAUCAAACGGAAGGAAAUGAAAAAACGUUUAGUGAUAAGAACGAGACGGUAUUGCAUCCGCCCAGAAGUGAAAUUGUGAAUAUAUGUAAUGAAUCGGUAAUGAGUCAGGAGAACUUAAAAAGAGGAGAUGAUUAUGGAGACACUUUUUUAGCUAGUGGAGAAGAUAAAGAAUAUUUCGAUCUGUUGGUGAAAAAAUAUGAAAAAACGAAAUUGACUAUUGAUGGAAGUGAAAAAUUAUCCUUCAGUGCUAUCAGUGGGACACCAAGUGAUUAUAUGUCGAUCGAUUUACCUGAACAUUUGAAGGAUACUUCAAGGAUGGAGAAGCAGGAGACCCAAGCAGACGAUGUAGACCAAAUUGAUCAAAUGAAAAAAUUAAAUAGCGUAGAGGGAAAUGCUGUUCCAUUGAGAGACGAAUCUAGAAAGAGGGUGGAAAAAUAUCAAAUAAAUGGAGUAAAUGUGAACCUUGUGAAAAAAUUUCAGAGGGAAGAAUUCGAAUUGGACAAUGCUGGUGAGGAGAGGGAAAGCAAGGAAGAAAAGAGUCAAAUAAAAAGGGAAGAAGUAGAAAAGGGAGAAGCUGAAAAGAUAGAAAUAGAAAAGGGAGAAGCUGAAAAGAUAGAAAUAGAAAAGGGAGCAGCUGAAAAGAUAGAAGUAGAAAAGGGAGAAGCUGAAAAGGAGGUUCCACAAAUAGGAGGGUAUGAAAAAUUACUAGAAAACGAUAUGUACGAUUUGUAUAAUUUAAAAAUGCAUGAUUUGAAUACUUUGAAAGCUUACGACUUUGAAUUUUCCAAAAAUUUAUUGAAAAAAGAGAUUUUCAUGUAUCAUAGUAAUAGUUUGAAGAAUGAUGAAGUGUUGGACGCAAUCGAAAUGGAUAAUAUUGCAUUAGAUGAAAAUGACGAACAAAUUGAUGAGGAUGAUGGAGAAAUUAAGAACUUCCUAGCGAAAUUAAAGGAAGAUGUGACUAGCCAAAUAAAUAUAAAUAACGAAGAAAAUGAGCAAGCAUUUGAUCUCUUGGAUUCUGUUCAUGCAAAUGAUUAUUACUUCGGUUGCGAUGAUGGUGAUAACGAAAUAGACAUAAAUAUGUUUAAUUUGAAUAAGGAGCCGAAUGAAAGGGAUGCAGAAGAUCCAAAAGGGGAUGAAUCUAAUUUUAGAAGCAAUGGUAAACAUGGCCAUGACCUUGAUGAAUACGAGAAGGAUAUGGACAAAGAUGGAUAUUUUCCAAUUGGAUCGAAGUUGAAUCUGUCAGAUUUGGAUGUAGAUCAUGAAUCUGCUUCCAGAGUCUAUGCAAGUGCAGGUGAAUGUGCAGAUGAAUGUGCGUAUUCUAAUUCCCUUUUCACUAGUCCAAAUAAAUUUGAAGAAGAGAGGAAGGACACCGAAUGUCAAACCGAAUUCCCGUUGGAUUUUUCUAGAAACACGAAUAGAACGCCAAGAAAAAAAAGCGUAGAAGUAAUUCUUGUAAAAAAAAAGUUAAAGCGGAUUAAAGAAAGAGACAUAGAAGAAGCAGAAGAGGGAAAAUGGGGAACCAAUGAAACGAAUUCAAGUGGUAGAUAUAGAAGAUAUCCCAGAAGAAACAGAAUAAAAACGUUGAGAUAUUGGAUUGGUGAAAGGGAACUCACUAGGAGGAAUCCAUACACAGGGGAAAUUGAUGUUAUCGGAUUCAGUGAGUGUAAAAAUUUGGAAGACUUAUCUCCUCACAUUAUUGGACCAAUAAAAUAUAAGAAGUUAUAUCUGAGGAAUAUGUUUCCCUUAAGCGAAAGUGAUGAGAAGGAAGAGCAAGAUGCUCGCAAGGGAGAGAACGCUUCAGAAAAUGGUACUGCUGGGGAUGCCAUUACAGAUCGUUAUAUGAACAAAGAUACAAGUGAUCCUCUCGAGGGAGGGGAAAGUAAGAUAAGAAGAAAACGUGAUAAUAAAGAACCCCCCAAAAGAGAUGAUGUAAGCGAAAAUAGUAAGAACACUUCAUAUAACAUUUCCAAACAGUUACCUAAUAGACGAUAUAACUUAAUGAAAAAACGAAAAAAAAGAAAAUUCAUUAAUAUCGUUAAUUACAUUAAAAAAAAAAGAAAGAAAAAAUUAGUCAAAAUCAUAGAUAAAGAGGAAGGAGAAACUUUUCCCUUAAUAAAAAGUGAAAAAGGAAUUAAUAUCACAAUCGAAAAUGAAAAUUCUAAUCACAUUGAAGAUACUUAUUUGGGAAAUAUAGACAAUGCACUGAUUGGUGAAAUAGAUGUAACAAAAGAAGAUGUGGUGGAAGAUAUUCUUGGAAUCGCAGAUGUUGUUCCUGUUGAUCAACACGACAAGGGUGAAAAUAUGGAAAAGACAAAUAACGCUGAGGAAAAUGCGAAUGAUUUGUUUUAUGAUGCAAACAGCUUCUGUUUCGAUGAACAUCUCGAAGGAGGGGUUCCCGUGGGGGAUACGCAUGUAGAAAUAGAAGCAGGUGGUGAAUCAUUGUCGAAGGAGUUAUUUUCAGACGAACCGAUACCCCCCCCCGACUUGGUGCGUCUAGAUGGACAAGGAAAAGAAGAGGAUCAAAAGGAGAGAACAAGCGAAACGGCAGCUGUGAAUGAAGUUGAAACAACAGCUGUGAAUGAAGUUGAAACAACAGCUGUGAAUGAAGUUGAAACAACAGCUGUGAAUGAAGUUGAAACAACAGCUGUGAAUGAAGUUGAAACAACAGCUGUGAAUGAAGUUGAAACAACAGCUGUGAAUGAAGUUGAAACGACAGCUGUGAAUGAAGCUGAAACAACAGCUGUGAAUGAAGUUGAAACGACAGCUGUAAAUGAAGUUGAAACGACAGCUGUAAAUGAAGUUGAAACGACAGCUGUGAAUGAAGCUGAAACAACAGCUGUGAAUGAAGUUGAAACGACAGCUGUAAAUGAAGUUGAAACGACAGCUGUAAAUGAAGUUGAAACGACAGCUGUGAAUGAAGCUGAAACAACAGCUGUAAAUGAAGUUGAAACGACAGCUGUGAAUGAAGCUGAAACAACAGCUGUGAAUGAAGUUGAAACGACAGCUGUAAAUGAAGUUGAAACGACAGCUGUGAAUGAAGCUGAAACAACAGCUGUGAAUGAAGUCGAAACGACAAACCUAGAGGGAGCUCGAAAGAUGCCCACAAAAAGGAAAAAAAUUCAAAAAAAAAAAAAUGAUGAAAAAAAGAAAAUAAAAGAAAGAAGAAUCGAUGAGAUGUACAAAGAGCUGUCUUUAUUCAACUUGGACUUUUUAUCGCAGAGUGAGAAGGUGGAUAAUGAGAAGCUUAUCAAAAGGGGAAAAGUGGAGGAAAAGGGGAAGCAAAGGGAAGGUGAGAGGGAAAAUCAUGUAGGAGAAGGUAGAAAUGCAAAGAAGGACGUAACUAAGAAACAGAAGGCAGAGGAAACGACAGUAGAAACGAAAAAUAAAACGGGAAGUGUCGACAAGGAUGAAUACCGAGCUGCUCAAGAUGAAGAUGCAGAAAGGGACGAAAAUGCAAUCCACGAAGAUGAGAAAAAUGAAAAGAAGAUUAUCCUUUUGAAAAAAAACGGAGAUAUCAGUAUAGACAAUGAAGGAGCAGAUCAUCACACCAAAUUGAAAAAGAGUGAAAAUGCACAAAAUCAAAUUGAAACGGAAUCAGGUUAUAAUCUUGCACUACUCACAGAAACGGAUUCUAAGGAUAGUGUGAAGAACACCCAUUUUAGUGAACUCCAGUCUCAUCACAAUACAGAAAUGGCAAAAAAUGCGUACACCGAAAUGAAUUUGAGUGGAAGUGAAGAAAAAACUAGUACUGUUGUUUCUGUUAAUGUUGAUGAAAAUGAAGAAGAUAUGUAUGAUUUCGUUCCUCUGGAUGCAAAUGGGGAUGAGACAACGAAUGUGUCUAAGGGUUCAAUCAUCCCAAAGGAGGAAGAGAAUAAUAAUACGAGAGCAGGAUUAUCCAAUGUGAUAGAAACCAAUCGGGGCAGUAAUGAACCCAUCGAACUUUGUGAAACCAAGGAUGAUUCGAAGGAUGUCCUCUUAAAAAAGGAAACAAAAGGCAAAAAGGAAAAGGAAAAAAAUGGAAAAACAGAAGAGAAGGAAAGUGGAAAGAAAGAAAACGAACAAAAUAGCGAAACUAAAACUAAAACCAAAACUAAAAUGAACAAUUAUGAUAUAAGCAAAAUUGGGGGACGGAAAACGAAAAAAAGAAAAUUUCCUAUCGAACAGGAAAAUGAAAAGACAGAUUAUGCACAGAAAGAUGCAGUAAAUGAAGCAUCUCCUAGUGAUCAUAUAAAUGUUCAUAUGGAUGAAGAAGAUAAAAAUGCAAUAUUAUGUAAGACUCUGCAUGCAGAUGAUAACAUAAUUUUGAAGAAGAGUGUUCAUAUAAAACCUAUGCAUCUUUAUAUUAACAGGAGAGAAAGAAAGAGAAGUCGAAUGGGGGGAGAGCUAGCAUUUCAUAUAUCAAGACAUAGAAAUGAUGUAGAAAAAGAAAAUAUGAAUCAUCCGAUUUACGAAGCGAAGAUUCAUCAGUUAUUUGGGCUUAGGAAUUACAUAACAACAGAUUUCCAACAUAUGAAUGAUCCAAGGAAUCCGGGUGCAAAUUUUCCCCUUUUGCAGAAGAAUUUCCUAAACGAUUUUAAAGUGGACCUUAACAUUUACACUGUCCGGAUAGCUUCACAUGAGAAGUUCAAAUCUUGCAGUGUCCACCAGAAUUUGAUGUGCUAUAUAGAUACAGGAGAGAAGGUCAAAAUUGUUCUGAACAGUCAGGAGAAAUUUUACGAAAGGGGAGAUUUCUUUUUUAUUCCUAGACUUUCUAACUUCUUAGUGAACAACUGCAGCAGAGAAGAGUGCAUUGUGUAUGUCUGCCCAGUGGCGAAGUAA